CUCGAGGCGAUGAGGGUCCUCAUCAAGAACGGCGCCGCCCUCGACCGGGGCGACCAUAACGGGACCACGGUCCUGCACUUUGUGUGCGAACAGUACCCGAACCCGACCGAGGCCGUCAUCUUCUUGACCAAGGCCGGCGCAGACUGUAACAGUCGGGACGGUAAGAAGCGCACGCCGUUGAUGGUCCUGCUCCAGAACUCUCAUCUGGUCUCGACCAAGGUCCUGAUCGAGACCGCGAGGGUGCUCUUCAAAUUCGGGGCCCAGACCAAGGUCGCGGACCAUCAGCAUCAGCGGACACCGUUGCACUAUGCGAUCCAGCACUGCAAGGAGCCCGCACCCGUGAUCGAGCUGUUGUUAAAGAAGGGGGCGGACGCGAACGCGAUGGACUCUAGAAAGUCGACGCCGCUGCACAUGGUCCUGGAGCGGAUGGACAACGAGGAGAUUGUGCAGAUGUUGUUG